UCAACUGGCGCCAAAACAUUGACUGUUUGGAAACGACGGAGGAGUUUGCAUUUAGGCAAAGCAGAGUGUCGCCAUGACGCAGAGAAAGAAGCCGGUCAACAGCCGGAGCUCCACGCAGAGCAGAGAAGACGAUGACGACACGACGUUCACUCUGCCGAGUACGUCACAGGUCCAUAGAGGACUGGAGAAGCUCACAGCUGCGCAGGUGGACCAAAAGACAGCUGAGGUGGUGCAGUACUUCUUGGUAAAAGACCAAAAGAAGAUUCCUGUACGGCGAGCAGACCUCGUGAAACAUGUGGUGAAGGAGUACAGAAACAUCUACCCUGAGAUCAUAAAGAGAGCCGCAUGUACUUUUGAACAGGUAUUUGGCCUGAAACUGGUUGUAAUUGAUCCCAAAAAUCACAUUUACAUACUGGUCAAUAAUCUGGAGACGGCUGAGGGAGCCUCGCCGAUCAACAGCCCCAGCAAUCCAAAGAUGGGUCUGCUGUUUGUUAUCCUCAGUGUAAUUUACAUGAAAGGAGGCCACGCCAGAGAAACCUUAAUCUGGCAUACUCUGAAGAAGCUCCGUGUUGACCCAGGAGAGAAACACAAAGACUUCGGUGAUGUGAAGAAGCUGGUCACAGAUGAGUUUGUGCGGCAAAGGUACCUGGAGUUUCUGCGAAUCCCUCACACAGAGCCAGUGGAGCACACAGUUCAGUGGGGUAAACGUGCUGAAGCCGAAGUGUCAAAAGCCAAAAUCCUCGACUUCAUGGGUCAACUUUACGGACAGGACCCUCAGAGCUGGAGCCAGCACUACAGAGAAGCUCACUCCAGCACCGGCACCGGCACCAGCUCCAGCUCAGCACAGGCCAGCACCAGCAGCCAGAGAUAACCGCCCCCGUGCCACAGUGUGUUUGUGUUCAUGGUGAAGACAGACUAAUGUAAAACAUGAACAAGCCACUGAGUCUGUUUAAAGUGAACGUUCAGUUCAGAUUCUGCUUAUAUCACAUACUACAAAACAUGUAAAUAGUUUUUUUACUGCGUAGUCUCAGAAAUUCUCCUUCCUGUGACAUUUAAUAACACACACAGUCAGUCAGGUAUCCAUUGUUAUUUUAUUGCCUGAACUUUAAGGUAGCCUUUAUUUUCAAGUUCAGAAAAUAAAGUCUUUAACAAAGAUUCAACGUCAGUGAUGCAUCGCUGGACAGCUGAACGCUGUGAGACACGAACGGUCCUGCUGAAGCUCGACGGCUCCGUGGCUACAGAUCACAGAGCUCAGGACACAUUUACACAGACGAGAGCAGUGUGACGAAGCUGUGAGCUGAGAUACAGCCUGAGCUGAUCCGAGCAGACGAAGCACGAGUGUGAUGCCGUGGAUCAGCGACCACUGACGGCGAGUGUUUUAAAGGGACGACUCACGAUUUUGAUUGUAUUUUUCUGACGGUGACACUCGUCACGUUGUGUGGAAAGAAGCACGUGCGUUUAUUUACACUGAUGUGUGCUGGCAUCCCUUUUUUUGAAAUAAAGAGCCCCUGAGAAAAUUUUCUAUUG